AUGUCCUUUAUAACUAUUCACUUUGGAGGUAAGCAUAGCUCGAGUUUGGCUUUGAAGAGCUUAGGCUUAAGUUCUUAAAAAAGUUAGAGCAAGUACAAAUACCGAUUUGGUUUUGCCCUUCUUCCUCUUUAAUUCCCUGCUAUUCGUCUUUGACUUUUGCAGAUGACCAGAAACUCUUGUUCAACUUGCUUUGUCCAACGAUUUUGUUGUAUGAAAACAUCAGGCUUCGAUGCAGAUGCGAGGAAAAAGGUGAGGUUGCUUGCAAAAUUCGUCACUUGAUUAAGUAAACUCAAGCUCUAUUAAAACUUCAGAAUCUGCUAUUUUCUCAAAAUUUUAAAUCCCGUUUAUGUAUUGAAGGCAAGCAUUUUACUGAGCAACCUUUGACAAAGAAAUUUUAUACGAGCUAGUAAGUAAGCCUAUUUAUAGAACACGAAAGGACACCUUUUUAUAAACUUGCUUUUUCAGUUGUGAUAGACAUCGCAGACGAAAACGGCUCGUUAAAAAUACUCUCUGAGAGGCCACCUGAUCAAUAUGCAUCGGAAUAUCUUCAGGGGAGAGCAAAUUACAUCCUUCUAAAAGUAUUAAGUAAGUUUGUUUUGAGAAGUUUGAAUAACCUGUUUAAUACUGGUUUUAGAUAUCUGGAAAUUGACCUGUUGCUAGCAUCCUCAACUUCAGUCUACAGUUUUUUCCUUUUUUUAUUGUUUCCUUUACAACCACAGAAAAGGCUGACAGCUUGACUGGGAAAGAGUAUUCCAUCUUUGAGCCACUAUUGAACAAUGUAUCAGAAUUAUAUCCCGAGUUAAUGUGUAAGUGGAUUUUUAAUUUAAAAGAUGUUGAAGUAAAUCUCUUAUCUUCUCGGAGGCCUCUGGGACCUGGGCCGAGUUGUUCAAAGCUGGGUUAAAGAUAACCCAGGGUUAGUGCAAGAUUUGAAUUCAGACUUGAAAGCUUAAAAGGCAUUUCAGUUUUAGUUCUUUUUGUCUACAAGUUGAUGAUUGGAAGCUCUAAAUAUAGCACAGAAAAUUAUCCAAGAAAAUGCUUUUGAACACAAGAAAAAGAAACCCGGCUUAAAUUUAACCCCAGGUUAAGUGCUAAUCGGCCUUCGAACAACUGGGCCCAGUUGUUUGAAGGUCGAUUAGCGCUAACCCAGAGUUAACUUUUAAUCCGGGGCCGGGUUGUUCAAAGGAGGGUUAAGUUAAUUAACCCAGGGUUAGUGCGAAAUUUGAUUUCAGAUAUGAAAGCUUAAAAAGCAAAUUCAGUUUUACUCUUUUUGUAAACAAGUCAAUGAUUGGAUGCUCUUAAAAAUAAGAGAGAAAAUUAACUGAGAAAAUGCUUGUGAACAUACGAAAAAGAAACCUGGAUUAAAUUUAACCCUGGAUUAAGCGCUAAUCGUCCUUUGAAUAACUGAGCCCAUAAUGGGCCCAGAUAUGAAAGCUUAAAAAGCAAAUUCAGUUUUAUUCUUUUUGCCUACAAUUUGAUGAUUGGAUACUACAAAAAGAAGAGAGAAAAUUAUCCGGAAAAAUGCUUUUGAGCAAAAGAAAACCCAGGUUAAACUUAACCCUAGGAUAGCACUAAUUGGCCUGAAGAACUGGGUCCAGGUUUCAUGAGUAUUUUCACAAAAAGCUUUCUCUAUUCUUUUUAGAUCAGCCAAUCAUUACGUGGCAAAGUAAAUUUUAUGCGGCAUUUUUCUCCAAAUUGUGGAAAUUCCAUAAGGCCGUACUCUAGAAUAAACCCUGGAGGUCCCUUCCAUUAUCUUCUCAUUUUUUUCCCAGUCCAUCUAUCCUUUGUAUCACCUGAUUUUAUACUACAAAAAGAAAUCAUUGCUCAAGGGAUGCCUAUUAUGAUUGGAAGCUGAAUAUUUUUCAACAUUCAGCAAAUUUCUGGCUGUAAUGUAUUUUAGAAAAUGUGUAUCAAAAUCUCAUAAAUUAAAGAAAGACUCAGUUUAAAAAGUGUGUCUGGAGAAUAAGUUGAAACACAAAGCACUUAAUUGAGCUUCACUCCCUCCUUCAUUCACAGCUAAAGUGCAUGACAAGAAAAUCAACCCUGAUGUUGGCCUUCCAGUUCAAAGCUUCAUGCUGCCUCAUCAGAAAAGUUCAUUGCAGACAAGAAGCAAAUCUAUCCCCAAGGGUGGCACUAACCCUAGGUCUCCAGCACAGAGGUCUGGUUCUAUAGUUGGGAACUCAUUAUUAUCAAGUGUUCCAAAAAUGAAAAGUUCAGCCAGAUUAUCAAAAUAA